AUUACACACGAAGAAAGACUUAAGGCAGCCGAAUUCGAGUGUUUUGCGCAUUAUGGAUUCUGUUAUUUAACAGCUGUUAUCGGCAACUGCAACGAACCAAAUGAACGACAUGCAGUAACUCAGGUUCGUUCAUUCUCUCAAGUGAGUCAUUCGACGACCCGAUACAACACUACAAACAAAGGACACACACAGGACGCCCAAAAUACGCAUACACAAACGAAAUGCCAAGGAAUGGCGGCGAUGCCGGCAACGGUGGCACAGGCGCCAGUGCCACUAGCGAUGGCUGCAUAUAUCCCGACGACGUCAUAUUGGAAAAGGGCGUUACAUUCAAUGUUCGUUACACGGGCUGCGUUGAGGUCAAGACCUCCAUGAAAUCGCUGGACUUUGAGACGCGCACGCUGCUCGCACGUGAGUGCAUUAAUCGUGUGUGCGAAGCAGCUGGCCUGAAGUCUGCCAGCAAACGGCGUCUGGACAAAAAGUUGCACAACUUUAUAUCGGAUCGUCCGAGCAUGCAGCAUGCGGGCACAAACAUCAUCAUCAACGUGUCCAGUCGUGCGCUGACACUCAGCAAUGUGGAAACGGGCGAAGUGAUUGCCAAUCACAAUAUGCCCCGGAUUUCGUUUGCGUCCGGCGGCGAUAACGACACCCUCGACUUCCUGGCCUACAUCGCCAAGCGCGAGGGCGACGAGUGGCGCGCCUGCUAUGUCCUGGAGUGCGCUGGCGGCCAGAGCGAGGACCUGAUCGUGACCAUAGGCAAGGCGUUUGUGCUGCGCUUCAAUGCGCUCAGCAGGCAAAACGAGCAUGCAGCAAGCGCCGCGGCAGAUAACCUGAAUCAGAGCUGCAAGGAGAAUGUCAAGGAGUAUUAUAACGAUUUGCCGAACAAGCUGCCGCCGGAUUUGCCUUGCGAGGAGCAGCCACAGCCACUGGCACAAUUGCCGUUUAAUCCGCACGCACCGCGUGUGGCACAAUUGAAUUUAAAGAAACCGCGCGAUCGCUUGAGCAGCAAUCUUAUCGAUCUUAACUCCCCGCCACCCGAUCAAACCACCAACAAACUGGCCCUCGGCAACUUCGAUCCGCUGCAGGCAGCUUCCGUCGCUGGGCCUGCGCCCAGUUCCAUACGCGAUGUCUUCGAUGGGCCACAGUGCCCGCUAACUGCCGAAAUAUGGUUCCAUGCUGCGAUCUCUCGCCCAAUUGCCGAGCGUCUUUUGCAGCAGGAUGGCGAUUUCCUGGUGCGCGAAUCCCAGGGCAAGCGUGGCCAAUAUGUGCUGACCGGACUUGAGGGCAAAACACCCAAGCACUUGCUGCUCAUCGAUCCCGAGGGCGUGGUGCGUACCAAAGAUCGCAUAUUCGACAGCAUCAGCCAUCUGAUCAACUAUCAUUGGGUUCAUGCACUGCCCAUCAUAUCGGAGGAUUCGGAGCUGGUCUUGCGUAAUCCGGUGCGCAGGCCCAAUCUGGAUCAGGCGGCCGACAGCGCAUAAAUUACACAAACCAUAUACAACUCUUCAUAUACCAUUAUCUAUAUAUAUAUACAUAUAUAUAUUCGUGUACACACUUAGAUUUACAUAUGUGCACUUGUAGAGAAUAUCUUUUAUAUAUCGUCUAUCAUUGUAUAAAAACAAACCCAUUUAUUUAUGGAUCGAAUGUAUACACA